UCGCGGAGUGUAGAGAAGGGAAGACGUAGCGCCUCUCCCUCACUCUCCCUCAUCACUCUCACACGCUCUCUCACCCCCUCUCAUCACCGCACUCACCAUCCGGUGGCUAAGUAACAGUGAACAGUGAACAUGAAUCAGGAUAGAAAGUGAGAGACGCGAGUGUGUUUGUGGGGCCAGAGUUAAGUGAGUGUUGGUGAGUGUGAGUGUGUGUUUGUUGAUGAGUGCGUUGAGGAAGUGAGAAGAAUGGUGAGGUCAGUACUCUCCCUGGCUCUCCUAGCCACCGUCGCCACGCUAACCACAACAGUUGCUGAGGAUGUUGACCGGAGCAGCGGCACGGAGCUUCAACACGACAUACCAAUCACUAACCUGAGCCAGCCGGCGUGUGAGUACGCCGGUAGGUGGUACGCCGAAGGAGAAGCCGUACCGACACAGGAGCCGUGCCUUAACUGCUCCUGCACGGGCGCCACCCUCGAAUGCCGCCUGAGGGUAUGCCCAACCGUGCCCGCCAGCCUGCCAGAAGGCUGCUACAAGCUGAAGAAGAAGGCGGAACAGUGUUGUGAUCAAGUGGUUUGUGAGGGUGAGUUUGAGACCAACCGUAUAUAUAGGAAGGGUAUAGAGACUAAGAUUGCAGCUGGCGAGGUGCAGCGAAAUAGGAUGGCGGAUGUGCAGCGACAAGGGGCAGCUGAAGCAGCAGCAGCAGCUGAAGCAGCAGCAGCUGAAGCAGCGGUUGUUGGAACGCGUCGACGGGGAGGUACCAGCAUCCGGAACACUACCAAUAUAGCGCCUUCGUCAGGAUGUAUGGCUGAAGGCGCCGUGUUCGCCGAGGGGUCAGCCAUGGUGUCUCCUGACGUGUGCUCCUACUGCUUCUGUAUACACGGCAAGAGGCGCUGCGUCGCCCCGAAAUGCCUCCUGCCGGUGGAAGGCUGCCGGCCUCGCUACCGCUCCUUCUCCUGCUGUCCAAACUACUACGAUUGUCAUGACGCCACGACCACAACGACCAGCAGGACGACCACCACGACCACGUCUCCUACAGAUUGCAAGGUGAAUGGACGGACGUUCCCUGACGGGUUCCGGGUGGAAGGAGGCGGUGAUGUCUGUCAGUCGUGCUUCUGUCUACGCGGAACCAUCACCUGUACGAACCUGACCUGCGCCCAGCCUCUGGACGGGUGCACCCCCGUCAUGGAGGACGGCCGCUGCUGCCCCGUCAUGUACGACUGUGAUGGCGAAGCCUCGAAGACCCAACACGCUCUUCUGUUAAAGGCUAAGGAGCUCAGCCCCCGGGAAGAGGACCCGCUAACCUGGCAGAACAUGGCAAGGAGAAGCCCCGGCGGUGUGGCAACUAUUGCUGACGUGGGCAACGCUGAGUCUCCAGUUUCUCCACCUCACACGGCUUCUCUAGAAGCUUCACAACCAACUAUAAACGAAACAAUUGCAAUAGAUGAUGCUGCAAUAGAUGAUGCUGCAAUAGAUGAUGCUGCAAUAGAUGAUGCUGCAAUAGAUGAUGCUGCAAUAGAUGACCCUGCAACAGAUGACCCUGCAACAAAUGAGGGGGAGACAGAGGAAGAAAUGGAAGACGAACAGCUUACGGACUCGACGGAAAGUCCCGAGCCACCAAGAAAAGCAGUCGCAAGGUUGCGACCAAUAAUGGCGCGGCCCUCUCGUGCAGACAUUGCAAAACGUCGCCAAGAAUCUCGCUUCGGCGGCCCGCUCCACCUGAGCCCACCGAGGAUCCUCCGUCAAAGCCAGUCCAACCAACCUACUUCGGAGACUCACAGCCUCGGCGGCCCGUUCCAGCAGAACCCGCCGAGGGUCCUCCGUCAAAGCCAGCCCAACCAACCUACUUCGGAAACUCCCAGCUUCGGCGGCCCGCUCCAGCAGAGCCCACCGAGGAUCCUUCGUCAAAGCCAGCCCAACCAACCUACUUCGGAGACUCACAGCCACGGUGACCGGUUCAGAUAUCGAAGUCAGCCCUCGAAAUACGCAGCCACCAAGGCUAAAACCACGCCUACCCUCAAGCCAGUUACACCCACAUCCCCAACACCCACACCUUUCGAACUCACCGAUACACUACAGGUCCUGGCCGACACAGAGCGCUCCAGCAUAUCUCUCACCAGGCCCAUUACCACGACACAGGAGCCCUCCACCACGACAAAUGAACUAGCCAAAACGCCUAACACUAAAGUCAGAUCACAACCCCAUGUUCCAUCUGGAUUCUCAAGAUUCAGAUAUUCUGCCAAGACCACAGCAACAACAGGGCCCGCUACAACGCCCUCCUCGACAUCCAGGCCGCCAACCACAACCCUCACAGCUGCCCCAGAUAUUCCCAGCGUGAAGCCACGACUUGAAUCAAGUUCUGAGGUCAGCGGAGUGGGUUAUGUAGGAGAAGCCUUUCGGCUCCAAGACAAGAGGCGACUCGGAACCAUUCCUCCACGGCGCCGCCUGCCACCGAUCUUCAACUGGAAGGACACUUCGGUGGCUGUCGGAACGGGAGUCAAUGUCAAAGGCAACACGGAGGACACUAGGCGCUUCGGCCCGAUACUCGUCUAUGAUAAUCGGGUGAGGACCGACCGCAAGCACAAGGAUGUGGUCGAUUUGGAGAGGCUUCCGGAGACCACGGUCAGACCCGAAGACGAGGAGGAGGACGAGGUAGCCGCCGUCACUGAUGCUCCAGUCGAAGACACAACUGUGUUUAUUUACGAACGUCUGGGAGAGGGAGAGGAAUUUGAAGAUGAAUCUAUAACCAGUAGCGACGUGUUAGACUCUGAACCAUCGUUGGAGGAAGUAACUACUUUGCCUUCGUCAUUAGUUCUCCCAGACACGACCAUUAAACCUGAAGAGGCUUCCUCUACAACAACCAAAUCAACUACCACCGCGGCUACUACAACCACCACCACCACUGCUACAACUACCACUACUAAAACCACCACUACCACCACCACCACCACUCCUGAAGAAGAGGAGCCAUCACCCACCUUACCCUCCAUCCCAGCAGCCGUACUAGAGGGAGACGACAUUACGGACCUCGACUACAUCCACACCGAAAGCGACGACCUGCCCACUUACGACAUCACUGUCGGGACUUCGGUGUUGACCACCAGCCACGUGCAGCCGCCUGGUGCUGUGGGCGUGGGCGAGGUGAUCCCCGUCGACCUCCAGCCCGAACACAAGGCGCCGGAUGCCGAUGAUACCACCGAGGCGACUCGACCAUCUUUGCUGGGCACACUCUUCAGCAUUUUAACGCGACCAGAUCGCCCAGAACGACCAGAACGACCAGAUCGCAUAGAUAGGCCAGAUCGGAUAGAAAGGCCAGAUCGGAUAGAAAGGCCAGAUCGGAUAGAAAGGCCAGAUCGGAUAGAAAGGCCAGAUCGGAUAGAAAGGCCAGAUCGGAUAGAAAGGCCAGAUCGGAUAGAAAGACCAGAUCGGAUAGAAAGGCCAGAUCGGAUAGAAAGGCCAGAUCGGAUAGAAAGGCCAGACCGGAUAGAAAGGCCAGACCGGAUAGAAAGGCCAGAUCGGAUAGAAAGACCAGAUCGGAUAGAAAGGCCAGAUCGGAUAGAAAGGCCAGAUCGGAUAGAAAGGCCAGAUCGGAUAGAAAGGCCAGAUCGGUUAGAAAGACCAGAACUGAUAGACCGACCAGAACUGAUAGACCGACCAGAACUGAUAGAACGACCGGAACGGAUAGAGCGACCAGAACGGAUAGAGCGACCAGAACGGAUAGAGCGACCAGAUCACACAGACCUAUCAGAUGGGAUCGAGAAGCCAGAACAACCAAGACCGGAAACGCUGCUACCACCACCACCACCACCACCACCAGAUACCCACAAUCCGGAAAGGACGAGACCGGAAAGAAUCAGACCAGAGAGACCACCCCUGUCUUUCAGACCCCGCCCGAGACCAAGCGCCAGGCCUGACUUCGUCCCUCUUAGAUUCCGCUUCACUCCUCCGCCGCCGCCUUCAGAAGAGACCACCACGCCGUCUCCGGUUUCGAAAUCCACAGCGGCCCCAGACCCAAUUGUCAUAUCUGCCGUCAAUCCCUCCCAUCUCCCGCCGAGUCGAACUACACCAUCGCAUCACCCAAUCCUUCCCGCCUUUGUCUCGAGUAACGACCGCAAUUCGCCCCAUAUUCCUCUAAUCAAUCUUCCCGAUCCUAUUCACACCCGUCCCAAGUCCCCUUUCAGACCUCCGAGUCCUCUGAACCUGCAGCCUUCUCCGGCUCUCGAACACGCAGGAUCUCAGCCGGAUCUUCCCUCUGAACCCAUCAUCGAAGGAGGAUUCCAGGGCAUCAGAGGUGAGGGUGUUGAACCUACCUUCGACUUCGCGGACGACUAUGAGACGGACGGCGAGCCCACCUUGCCUCCAUCGCUCCCAAAUCUGAAAAUCAUCCCGUUCGUUGCCGCGGACGCGCUCACUAAGUUGGAACACGGCUUGAGUACCGAGGAUUCGCACUCCACACUGCGUUCUGUUGUCCCCGUGUUUAUACCUCAUGCUGAAGAGGACCAAGUCGGCAGUGAGUCUGAGAAUGUUUCUAACGACCACCCAGAGGACGUUACUGAAGCAGCCACGGCCCCUACCUCAGUCACUCUCAGGCGUACGACCCCUCGCCUUCCCGCCGGCGACCGUCGUCCACCACUCCUCCCGCCUCGACGGACUAUCAUCCGACCCUUGAGUGACGAUGGCUUAGCUCGACGUCCGUUCUUGCCCUUCCGUCGGCCCGGGGGAGAACGGCCAUUACGUCCAUCCCUUUUAUCGCGACCAAAUUCGGUCGAAGUCGCCACCGCCACACCGGAAAUUCCAGACACAACGCCCAUAGUAACUCCCGGGCCAAGUGUUCCCUUCAAAGAACUUGAACACCCUGAUAUCAUCCCCACCCACAGCACCACCCAUAAGCCGAAGCCGUCAACCACCCCGGAAACUACCACCCCACCGCCAGCAGUCACAACCAUUCAACCACAGCUGCCACCUGCUCUACCACCGAAGACAAAAACCACGACCAUCAUCCCCACCCAAAGCGCACGACCGAUUGUAUCCAACGAAAUCGCCAACUUUCUUCUACAAGAUGUCUUCAAUCUCCCAGAAGGUCACAACUCGCCGCCUGUCAGGUUCGCGCCAAACCAAGUCACCUCGAAGCCGAUAGUUCCGGUGAAGACUUCUGUCGCGUUGCCAGAUAUUCCGCCGGCCGUCAGGGAUCAACUUCCUCUAGCUACUGACCCCGUCUUGGCGUCAGGUCUUCUGAAGCUCUCAGGAUGCAACAUCUAUGGACGCAUGUACGUUGUCAAGGACAGGAUUCCAGAACUGUCAGCCAAGUGCAAGGAGUGCCGCUGCACUCCCGUCGGGGUCCAGUGCCUACCAAUAUGUUAGCAGUGCCACUUCAAGAAGCAGUGCCACUCUUGAAGACCCCCCCCCCUGAACCUCCUCUCUCCCCACUAUACCCUGGCUCUCUGCCCCGACCAGUGUUGUAUAUGAUUGUUUCCUGUGACGUAUAUUGAUUGUUGUUAUACUAAGCUAUAAUAAAAUGACUUAUUGGGGAUUAUUAUAGCAUGGAUAUAGGUUGGUGAAAGUGUGGGACUCAACUAUGCUUGAAAUGUGUGAAUAUUUUAGUAAAAUUAAUAUUUGUAGGAAA